AUGUACAAAAUGACACCCACCUCUCAGGUCCCCAUAGCAAACCAGUCUUCCGAGCUGGACCUCUUGCCAGCUUUCUCCCAAGUGGUGGAGAACACGGCCUUCUUCGGUGACGUGGUGCUGCGCUUCCCAAGGAUCGUACACCACUACUUUGACCACAACUCCAACUGGAACCUCCUCAUCCGAUGGGGUAUCAGCUUCUGCAACCAGUCAGGCGUCUUUGACCAGGGCCCCCACUCACCCAUCCUCAGCCUGAUGGCCCAGGAGCUGGGGAUCAGCGAGAAAGACUCUGACUUCCAGAACCCAUUUAAAGUAGACCGCACAGAGUUCAUCUCCAGCACUGACCCUUUCCAGAAGGCUCUGAGGGAAGAGGAGAAACGCCGGAAGAAAGAGGAGAAGCGGAAAGAGAUCCGAAAAGGCCCUCGGAUCUCAAGAUCCCAGUCCGAGUUAUAG